GUUGUUGCAGAGCAUCCAAUUUCGAUUUCAUGGCUGCCGCAGCCGCCCAGUUUCAGGUGCGCUAUCAUCCUCAUCACAAUUGCGCACCGCUCCGCCCCUCCUUUCCCUCCUCCUCCGCCUCCUCCUCCUCCUCUCCCCCCUCCUCCUCCUCCUCCUCCUCCUUGUGCCGCGCGGGUUUGCAAGCCAGCGGACGCCUGCCCAGACGGUCCAAUUCUCGUGUAAGUAAAUUUCAUCAUCCCGUCACCAUUACAGCAGUAGCAACCGCGUUCGCUCAAAGAGGCGGUCGGACAAGAUCAGAGGUGCGAGCUGCUGUGGCAACGCAAGAGACGGCGGCCACGGACGAUGGCCUGGCACUGACGGAGGAGAAUGUGGAGAUGGUGCUGGACGAAGUCCGGCCGUACUUGAUGUCCGACGGGGGAAACGUGGCGCUGGAGGAGAUUGACGGGUUGGUGGUCAAGUUGAAGCUGCAAGGGGCGUGCGGAUCCUGUCCCAGCUCGCUCAUGACCAUGAAGAUGGGGAUCGAAGCCCGGCUCAAGGAGAAGAUCCCGGAGAUAAUCGGCGUGGAGCAGGUGCAAGACACGGAGACGGGGCUUGAGCUGACAGAGGAAAACGUUGACAAGAUACUGUCGGAGAUACGGCCUUACUUGGUGGGAACUGGCGGAGGGGAGCUGACGCUUGUCAAGAUCGAUGGGCCGGUGGUGAAGAUACGCAUCGAGGGUCCUGCAGCCGGGGUCAUGACUGUUCGUGUGGCCGUGACGCAGAAGCUGCGGGAGAAGAUCCCCAUGAUCGCCGCCGUGCAGCUCCUCUAGUCAGCCAGCCAACACUCUUACGUUAAGAUUGUUGGACCUAAACAUUGUUUUAUCCGACGGCGUGUAAAUAUACACUGCACUUUGGUCCGGC